GCCGGUGCUUUUAUUAUCUGUGGCGCGCGCAAACAUUUCAGUUCGGCUUCAGACUCCGCGAGAGACUCACGUCUUUAACGUUAGAUCAAAUCUAAAACUUUAUCGAUAUCGAACACGAUACCGAACAUUGACUUUGAAUUUUUGUUGGAAGUGGAUUUCAAAUAAUUGUUAUUGGUGAAUAAGAUGAAGGUUCUUGUUGACGACAAAGUGUCGUGUGUGGGAGAGGAACCGCGGGUGGACGAGGAAACGCAGAAAUUGACCAAGGAAGAAUUAAACAGAGGUUGUCCCCUGGGCGUGUCCCGCGUCACAUCAUCCGUGUUCGUGUGCGGUGCGCACGCGCUGCCCGGCGCGGUGGCGGCGCUGCGGCCCGGGCUCGUGGUGAGCGCCGCGCCGGAGCUCCCGCCCUUCGAGGGGGCGCCGCUGCACUGCGUGCCGCUGCUCGACACCCCGCAUUCUGACAUGCACCCGUAUAUGGAGAGGGUUGCUGAUCUGAUCAAUGAGGUCGUAUCAAGAGGAGAAGUCGUGUUGGUGCACUGCGUCGCUGGCGUGUCAAGAUCUGUCACGCUAUGUCUAGCUUACCUGAUCAAGUGGGAGAAGAUGACGCUGCGGGACGCCUACCACCAUAUGAAACUUAGACGACCGCAAAUUCGGCCGAACACCGGAUUCUUCAAACAGCUGAUCAAGUACGAAGAGAGGUUGUUCGGUGUGCCCUCAGUCAAGAUGGUGUACUGCGAGGCCAUCGACAAGGAGAUCCCGGACGUUUACGAACCGGACUAUAAAGGCAUGAUGUGGUUCCGGAAGAGAUAUGGUCCGAUCGAGAAGUGCUAAUGACUGGACAAGUAUGACUGCGUGUUUAGCAAGAUACUAGUGGGUAUUCUGUGCCAAUAACUGAACUUUAGA